UCCCUCAUCUCACUUGCUUCCGAGACGCUUUAAUUUGGAUACAUUCAGGUUCCGCCCCAUCGCUCUGAUUGGCUGCGGACUUAGUUGUAUCUUUUCACUAGGUUAGUUACAUCGUGUUCCUCUGAGUUUGUAACAGGUGAGUAGGAUGGACGUGUUUGCAUCGAGAAAUACUCAGAGUUCAGACUGCCGUUAUUCCGACGAUGGUGGUGUAGGAAGCGCUGACUCACCAGGAUUUGUCUCUGGGCUUUGCUGGUCUAUGGGCCACAGCAUCUACUUUCAGCCAGAACUAUGGCCUCGGCUAACCACAGUUUGGAUUGUGCCUGCUGUUCUAUUGACUCCUCAGUCCCGAGAAGUGUACACCAGACACUAGAGGAAAUGGAUUUUGACAGAGGCAUCUGGUCAGCUGCUUGUAACGGUGAAUUCAGCAAGGUGCGGAGUUUUCUGGAGAAGGGAACUGAUCCUAAUUCACCUGAUUUGUCAGGCUACACAGCAUUGCACUAUGCCAGCCGCCGUGGCGAUUACGAGAUCUGUGAGUAUUUACUGAAGAAUGGCGCAAACAGCAAUGCUCAGACGAAAGGAGGGGCAACCCCACUCCACAGGGCUGCCUACUGUGGCCACCUCCCUGUGCUCAAGCUAUUACUGUCCUAUGGAGCCACCCCUGCUAUCAUGGAUGAUGAUGGUGCGACCCCUUUACACAAGGCUGCAGAAAGGGGUCAUCAAGAGGUGUGUGAUGUUUUGCUUAAGGAGAAUCCUGCCCUAAGGACAGUAAAGGACAGAAGAUUGAGAGCACCUCAUGAUCUGGUGACAGACCACCCAACUUUGAAGGAGUAUCUUCAGCCCAGGAUGUUAACAUGAUAACCAUUUUCUGAAUUUAACAUGCCUUCCCGGUACAGCACUUGCAUUAUCAAAUGUGGAUUUUGGAAAAGAAACAGUUCUCUUCCUUCACUGCGCCAUGUUGGAGUUUUGCUUGGUGGAUCAUGGCUUGAUGUGCUGAUCAAACUGUGGACGAUUUAUAAAAAUCUUCACUCACCUCUCAUAUUGCUGAAGCAACAACUGAUGACCAUGGUUUUCUGGGUUACUGAAUGCUGCAGUAAUGCAAUCACAAAUGCUACCACUUCAUUUUAUACUGCUGAAUCAGACAGAUACUUUAAGGCAUUAAAAUGUUCAAAUAGC